GGCAGGAACGCGCAUUUCUCAAUCCCAGUCUAUGUUGCGCACCUGCCAAAAUCACCUCCGCGUAACAGCGCCUUCACGGACAGGACUUAUAUGAAUAAGGCGCGAUGAAUUUUAGCCGGUCUCGCUCUUUUGCAGGCGCACCACGGAACAUCAACUCGGGCUCCACCGACGAGCUGGUAAUCACCUCCACUUUUGGCACGCUGCUCUCGCUUGUUUACGUAGUUGGCGUUUCGGGAAACGUGUACACUCUGGUCGUGAUGUGCCACUCGAUUCGCUUCGCUACCUCCAUGUACGUCUCUAUCAUAAACUUGGCGCUCGCGGACUUGCUGUACCUCUCCACGAUCCCAUUCGUGGUGUGCACGUACUUCCUCAAGGACUGGUACUUCGGGGAUGUGGGCUGUCGCAUACUGCUCAGUUUGGAUCUCCUCACCAUGCACGCAAGCAUCUUCACCUUAACCGUGAUGUGCUUGGAACGCUACUUGGCUGUGACGAAGCCUCUGGACAACGUGAAGCGCUCAAAAAGCUAUCGGAAAACUAUGGCUUGGGGGGUGUGGAUACUCUCUCUGAUCUUAACCAUGCCUAUGAUAAUCAUGGUGAACCAGACGAGCAGAAAGGCCGCUGACGGAGGCGUUAAACGCAUGUGCGCUCCCACUUGGGCACCUCAUGCGUAUAAGAUUUACCUGACUGUUCUGUUUUGCACCAGUAUCAUGGCGCCUGGCCUUAUCAUUGGCUACCUGUACACCAGAUUAGCCAGGACAUACCUUGAAUCCCAGAGAAGCACGGCUCUAAAUAAGGGCAAUAAGCGAUCACCUAAGCAAAAAGUACUUAUAAUGAUAUUUACGAUCGUGCUCGUGUUCUGGGCCUGCUUCUUGCCCUUUUGGAUUUGGCAGCUCUUGCCCCUCUACCACGAACCCCUGGGCCUGGCUCCUCACAUACGCACGUGUAUUAAUUACCUGGUGGCGUGUCUGACCUACAGCAACAGCUGCAUCAACCCGUUUCUGUACACGCUGCUCACCAAGAACUACCGCGAGUACCUGAAAAACCGCCACAAGAGCUUCUACCGCUACACGUCCUCGUUCAAGAAGCGGCCGCCGAGCUUGUACUCGUGGGGAAAGUCCGGGUCAUCGAGCAAUCAGUUCGAGUUUAACUCGGAGACGCUGGUCAUGUCACAGCUGAAGGUGCAGUGAAGGGGUGUGGAAGAGGAAGAUGACCAGAAGACAUAUGAGGGGGAAAAACAUGGCCAUAAGCAGGUACAUAUUUGUGUCAAAUAAUGUGAAACCAUUUUUUCUCCCUCACUCAGCAAAAUCAGCUUCACGCAAAUCUACAGAAAAGUAUGUAAUAAGAAUGUAUUCUUAGUUAUUAAUAUUAUAAAUAUAUGUAUAAAAUAUUAGAAAUAUGCUACUUUUAUUUCCUUCUUCACACUAAUUUUUCAGACUAUGUGUUUAUUUAUGUCCAAAUCCAAAUACAUAUAUUCCUCACCUUUUUUUUUUUUCCAUAUGCAUACAACAGAGGCACUUUUAAAUCUCUGCAGCCAAUGUAUCAUCGGUGUAUCAUUUUUCUGAAGCAUAUAGUUCAUCUGUUCAGCUUUUUUUUAUUUUUUAUGAGAGAUUGCUAUGCAUGUAGCUUUGUCACUGUGAUCAAUGCAUCAUUAAAAACAUGAUUCCACACCCCAUUUUGUGGAAAUAUACAAGGAAUUCUAGUUUUAACUCCCGGUGUGACAGAUGAGAUCUCAUUAGUAGAAACACAGUGACACAAAUGUCACCCUUUUCACAAAACUGUGAAUGUGGUAUAAUUAAAGUCUUGAGGUCCAUACCAAUUUCCUCAUUCUAGGCUAGCCUGAAUUAAUUAAACAUGAAGCAAACUUGUCCUCCUUUAACGAAGCAUUAUUGAGAAUUUUCAGUGGAGUGUAAGUCCAUCGAGAUAUUGCUUAAACAUGAAUUAAACCACACAUUCAUUCAUGUAUUCCAUGCAACUCCAUCAUGAAUGGCUCAACAUCUGCUGAUCUCUCUUUCAUAUAUGCAUAGAUAAGCUGGUGGUUCAAUUUAUAUAGAUGUUUGUGUAUUCACACCACUCUUACAUACAGACUUCUGCCCAACACAUAGCACAGGCAUGUUAUUCACUACAAGCAUGUAUUUG